AUGAAAAACAAAUAUACUCCUAUUUCAGAUUCUGAUGACUCUUCCAAAACGCUCAAUGAUGAAAAGGCAGAUAGUCGGUCGUCUCCUUCAGAUGGUACGCCUCCUCCGUAUACAGCUUCAACCAAAUUUAUUGAUCUCGAAAUGGCUGAUGGAUCCGCUCAGAAUUCCGCCCAAGAAUCUGUUAAUAACUCUGGAUCGGGUUGGACGAAUACGUGGCAGAUUAUAAUGCACUUGUUGCUUUUUACAUCUUUUGCGUAUAUGAUAUUUUAUGCUAUUUUUCUUGUCGUAUUCUUUUAUUUCAAGCUUUCUUUGAAUGCGCUAGACCUUUGGGGGCUUUCUGCUGGCUGUGUAGCAUCCUUUGCAUUGUUUUUGUUUGCAAUAUUUCAAAUGCCUAAAGAAUGGUUCACGCAAGCUGGAAGAUCAACCAAAAAGGUUCUAAAGAAAUCUGGAAGAGCAACCAAAAACGUAUUGUCAGCUCUGUGUAUCUCAGCAUUAUAUGUGUGUUUUCUCGAUGUCCUUGGUUUCACCGUGUAUUAUGCUGCAAAAAAGUUGACAGGAUUUGAAAAGAUAAACAAUAAUAUUUUCUAUUUUGUUUGUUUUGUUAACGUUGUCUUGUUUUUUUUAUUGACGAUGAAUGCAAAUGCGCGUGAACUACUAAGAUUAGUUAUUAUUGAUUUAAAAAACGGAAUAGGAAGCGGCGUAAACGGAAUAGGAAACGGAAUAGGCGUCGGCGUAAACGGAAUAGGAAACGGCAUAGGAAACACUGUGGAUCGUAUUUUAGAUACAAAUCGAGGAGAGCAAGUACCUCAGAACGAAGGAAUCGAACUUCAGCCUCUUGCUGAGCAAAGCGCUGAAGUUUGA